GUGCUUGCACCCUAAACGCCCUUCUCACUCGGGUGGGCUGACAGUGCGACACAUUUGUCUGCCACGCGUGCACAUCCUCAGUACUGUGAGCAAAUCAGGAAUGAUCAUCUUUCCGGUUUUAGACGUGAGCACACCGAGGCUCAGCAGUAGAUUAGGAGCGAUAACUAAGGAGUAAUACAUCUGCAAUCAGAAAGCAGCUAUGUUGACUACCGACUGAUGUCCUUUCCCUUAAUCCAGGUACGGAAACAAGUUCCAUCUCUCAUGUCAUCUCUGGUUGAUUGGUCAUUUCUUGCAGCCCUGUGUGGAAAAUUCUGAAGCUACAUUUGAACUUUGCAAGAGAUUGAAUUAGUUCUCCACAAUGGGAAGAACCUACAUUGUAGAAGAGAAUGUUGGUCAGUAUCUUUCAAACAUCAGCCUCCAAGGAAAGCCUUUUGUCUCUGGUCUUUUAAUAGGACAGUGUUCUUCACAAAAGGAUUAUGUGAUUCUUGCCACUAGAACACCACCCAAAGAGGAACAAAACGAGAACCUCAAACAUCCCAAAGCUAAGUUGGAUAAUGUGGAUGAAGAAUGGGCCACAGAACAUGCCAACCAGGUAUCCAGAAUGCUACCAGGGGGACUUUUAGUUCUUGGGGUAUUCAUUAUUGCAACUUUAGAAAUGGGAAAUGAUUUUCAAAAUGCCCUGCGCAGACUAGUAUUUGCUGUGGAAAAAGCUAUGAAUAAAAAGAGACUGUGGAAUUUCACAGAGGAGGAAGUCUCCGAACGAGUGACGCUUCACAUUUGCUCUUCUACAAAAAAAAUACUCUGUCGAACUUAUGAUAUCCAUGAUCCAAAGAGUUCUGCAAAACCAGCAGAUUGGAAGUAUCAAAGCGGACUAUUAACUUCCUGGCUUUCUUUAGAGUGUACAGUUCAUAUUAAUAUUCAUAUCCCACUGUCUACUACUUCUGCCAGCUAUACUCUGGAGAAAAAUACAAAGAAUGGACUUGCACGCUGGGCCAAACAAAUUGAGGAUGGUGUUUAUUUGAUUAAUGGACAAGUUAAAGCUGAAGAUGGUGACCUACUAGAAGGACAGAAAAAACCUUCUCGAGGAAAUGCUCAAGCAACUAGUCAACCUUUUGAUGUCAGAGUGCUGACACAAUUGCUUAUGAGUUCCGACCGUAGAUCCACAGCCACAGUCCAGAUCUGCAGCGGCUCCAUAAACCUGAAGGGCGCUGUGAAAUGCAGAGCUUACGUGCACAGCAGUAAACCCAAGGUGAAAGACGCAGUGCAGGCAAUGAAGAGGGAUAUAUUGAAUACAGUUGCGGAUCGUUGUGAAAUACUAUUUGAGGAUCUGCUUUUGAAUGAAAUUCCAGAAAAAAAAGAUUCUGAAAAUGAGUUUCACAUCCUCCCUCACCGAGUUUUUGUCCCCAUUCCGGGAUCCACUGUAAUGUUAUGUGAUUAUAAAUUUGGCGAUGAGUCAGCUGAAGAAAUCAGAGACCAUUUUAUAGAAAUGUUAGAUCAUAGGAUUCAAAUAGAAGAUUUGGAAAUUGCAGAGGAAAUAAACACAGCUUGUGUGAGUUCCUCUAUGAAUACAGAAGCUUCAUUGGACAACACAGAUGAUGAACAACCAAAACAACCAAUUAAAACUACAAUAGCAUUGAAAAUUCAGCACAACAUAGGCGUGAUCGCAGCAUGUGCAGUCGCAGUCCUUGCUGCUGGCAUCUCCUUUCAUUACUUCAGUGAUUAGGGCGAGGCAAAGAGAGUGUCCCGAUCAUCCGGAGAAUGCUGACCAACGAUUAUGACUAAUAAAGAUGCAAACAAUCCAUCUGCAUUUAAGACAGCAGCAGCCAGAUCUGUUGCCAUGCCUGUUAGGUGUGUUUCUGACUAGAAUGACAUCACCAGUGGCCUCGUUUAGCCCUGCUUACAUUGUAGGCUCAGGCUUCCAAAAAUAAAGUUAAGCGUCUCGAUGGAAGCUGCAUGUAACAAAUUGUUUUUAUCUAUUUUUUUUAAAUGUUCAAAACAAUGAUUUAUUUUCACAGAUUUUAGUUCUCUCGAUCUGACUGACAUAUUCAUCAGGACAUUGAAACUUUGAGUAGUCAGCGUUUAUGAAUAUCUUAGUGAUAGGACAGGAGAAAUUUCUCCAAAGUGUAGCAGCAAUCUAUUGGGUAAGUUCAUACUGUAGGACCUUUUACUAUACACUCAGUUUCAAAAUACUGAUUGAGUUCUGAUCAAGGAAUAGGAAACCUUUUCAGAGAGGUUUGAAUCAGUAACAAUUGCAUAAAUCAUGUGCUUUCUCAGGGUAGUAUAUCAUAUCUGUUUAAUAUAUUAAAUAAAACUUUUGCUUCCAGCAGUACAUUAGACUAGGUACUGUAAAACACCUAGAUCUUCAAUAAAAUUUACCUUUGAAUGCAUGAAGAGACUCAAAGAAUGAAGGGGAAAUCUCUUAAGAACCAUACCUCUGUUUUUCCUUCUGCAUAAAAAUGCACACAUUUUGAGUUGGGAAUUGUGAAUACUAUAGUAAGCAUACUGGUGGACUGUGGUUGCCCGGAUGGCAGAUACCAAUUACAGCACUGCCAUAUGCAGUUUGCCUCAGACCAGAAACAACGAGAUAAAUCUGAAUCUGAGAUGCUACCCUACCCGGGAGAGUUGAAGUGGCCCUCAGUUUAUAGAACCCUAUAUAGCUCCUGGCAGAAGCAAGAUACCGGCCCAAGAUUCUCAGAGAUGAAGAUAAAGCAAUAUUAUUUCAUGACUAGAGAUCACCAGGGACAAGUUGAAACUAGCUAGCAUGAGAAAGAACCUAUAGAAAUAACGAACUUUGGAUUACAUUCUCUAGGAUCUUAUCACCAACAUACAUGAAGGAUGGAACCACAGGCAGAUCUAAAAAAAAAAGAAAAAAAAUGGAACUGUUAGAAGUGAGAAAUAUGUUACUUGAAAUUAAAAUACAAAAACAAAAAACCUCAGACCUGUUGAAUGAAUAUCAUCUUAGACUCAGCCAAAGACACAGUGAGUAAACUGGAAGCCAGGUGUGUAGAAAUGAUCAAGUGCACGGCGAGGAGAAACAGGUGCUGGCGAAUAUAAAUAUUAAAGAGAAGUGGAGAGGUAUGGAGGGAAGAGUUACAAGGACUAGAAAGAAGUACUGAGAGGAGAGAGGUUAGAGGAGUGGCAAUAUUUGAAGAGGUAACAGAAUUUUCCACAUUUCUUGGAAAAACAUGAAUUCGUAAAUUCAGGAAACACAAUAUAUCCCAGAUAUAUAUAGAUAAAAUUCAUGCUUAAACUGAACAUAAUAUAACUGCAAAAUGCCAAACACAAGAUUUUAAAAGCAAUCAAAGGGGAAAAGAUCAUCAAUGAAGGCAAGACAGUCAAGUUGGCUUCUUAAUGGCAACAGUGUCCCCAAAGAAGGUAAAAUAAUGCCUUCAAAACUGAGGAAAAUUAACCAACUUAGAAAUUGUACCAAGCAAAACUGAAAUAAAGACAUAUUCAGAUGAAAAACAAGAGUUUAUCAUCAACAGGCCUUCGUUAAAGAAACUAUGAAAGGAUAAUACUCAAGAACAAAAUGAUUUCAAAAGGAUCUGAAAGUGAAGAACUAGUGAGCAAAUAAAAUGAUAAACGUAAAUCAAAAGUGUUUGUAUAAAACAAUCGUAUUGAAAGAAUUAUUAAUAAGCAAUAAAUUGCUAACAAAUGUAAAACUAAAUAAACAUUUUUGCAACAUUA